UGGAGCCCGGCCGGGGAUGACAUGAUGCGGGCCCCCGGGCGCCUCUGCCCACAGGAAAAGGCUCUGCUAAUCCCGGAUUUGAGCCACAGAUUACGGCGACAGGUUAAGGGAUAUGGUAUCGGACUGAUCCCAUUGGUCAGUACAAAAAUACCGGAUUUCACGACCUGGUCUGGUGGUUGCCGAAAGUUAACUGUGUUGAAAUAAUGGAAAAGGUUUUAUGUACUGUCCACGACACCUUGUGCAUGUUAAAAACUGGAGUAAAAGAUGGACCAACGAAAGGCAAGAGCUUCUACGUUUGCGUUGACAAGCAGAGCUGUGAUUUCAGCCAGCAGGCCAGCGUCUCGCCUUCCCAUUGCCUCCAUCAUGAAGAUUCGAUGGUGGAGCUUCAGGCCCUGAGCUACAGUCAACAACAGCAGAGCCACAGGUUGUACUACAGGUGUGUUGUGGGUAAAAAAGCAGGCCAGAGAUGGUGUGGAAACGUUCCUUGGACAGCACCAGGAAUAGAAAAGAGAAGCCCCCUGUCUGAUGCCCAGCUCCAACCCUCCUGCCUUCCACCGGUUAGAAACCCUUUUAAGGUUCCCAGCAAGGCCGACAAGACGCAGGCCGGUGGCGAGGAGAACGGCAGCCAAACCGGCCACAACAAAGCUGAAGGAAAGGAGAAACGUCAGAAGGAAAACGCGGUGGAUGCCGGGGCAAAAGCAGAAGAAGAAGUGGAGGGAAAGAUGAAGGAGUCUGAUACUUAUCGAGGCAAACAGCUUCCACCUGGAAUGAAGGUAAAGAAGAGGGUUUCGAGUGAGGAGAAAGCUGACCAAGUGGGAGAGAUUACGGAUAAAAUAAAAGAUUUGACUAAAAAGGAGCAGAAAGAAGCGGGUGAACACAAAAUGGAUCGUCCUCAGUUUGACAAAGUAAAAAAAACCUCUCUGGAUCUGGACAAAACAACCAAGCAGCGGCCAAACGAAGACAAAACCCGCCCGGUAACUCAACCAGAUGAAUCCUCGGUACGAAACAAGAGCGUUUCCUCUCCUCCCGGCGUUCCCUCCCUCGACCCCCCCGACGACGACGUGGUUCUGGUGUCGGUCAAACCCGCCCCCCGCCGAACCCCCCCGCCCUCCGCCGUCCAGAAGACGCUGACCAGCUUCCCCGGGUUCCAGGCGGGGGACCCCAGAGGGAUGCGGGGGCUGCUCAGUGCUCAGCUCCAGCAGAAGAAGGCCACCCUGUCUGCCGUGAACGUGGCGGCUCUGCCGGACAAAGGCGAGCGGCUGAGGACGCAGGUCAGGGAGCUGGAGGACGCUCUGAACUCGCUGAGCCUCGGGGCUCAUCCUGAGUCUCCACAGGGAUCUAACGGCGGCGUUCCCGGCCCCUCUAAGCUCAACCCAUCCUGA